AUGAGGAUCCAGCUGCUGGUCUCUGCUGGGAUCCUGCUGGUCGCGCUCCUGCCUUGCCAUGAAUGCAGAGCCCUCAGCAAGGGCGCCCCGGCGGCCGCUGCCGCCGCCGACAGCGCUUUGCAGCGGCCCGAUUUCCCCGAGCGAACGCAGCCGCUGCCCGUCUUGCUCCGCAUGGGGGAAGAGUAUUUCCUGCGCCUGGGCAACCUGCACAAGCACCCCCCCGCCGCCGCCGCCGCCGCCUCGGCUCCAGGCACUAGCAGCAGCAGCAGCAGCAGCAGCAGCAGCCACCUAGCCGCGUCGGCGUCGGCCGGCAACUUUUUCCGAGCAGCGGUGCAACAGCUGCAGCAGCUGCAGGAGCGCUCGCUAGAGGGCGCCGCCGACUCCUGGGAAGGCGAAGACGACGCCGACGGCGGCGCCCGCCGGGAAGCCGAGAAGCGCUCCGAGGAGCCGCCGAUCUCCUUGGAUCUGACUUUCCACCUCCUCCGGGAAGUCCUGGAAAUGGCCCGAGCGGAGCAGUUGGCUCAGCAGGCUCACAGCAACAGGAAACUGAUGGAAAUCAUCGGGAAAUGA